CUUAAUCAAACCCUAAGCUGAUAUUGACCCGAAAGUCGACUUCCCAUUGGUGGAGUCUGUAAAAUACAAAAAAAGGAAAAUGUGUCGGUUGUGUCUUGUUCAAUUGAUUUGAGUUAUUAUAGGACGGAGAAGUUAAGGAACAUGAUUACUUAUUUAAUUAUCAAUUGCCUUUGUUUAUAAAUUAUUAUUUUGGGGUGCCAUUUGUUAAACCAAGAAAGAGUGUCCUUCAAAUUAAGAAGCCCGCCUGCCCAUGCAUUCAUUUCUUUGUUUACUAACGGCUCUUCCAUCCAACCAUUUUGGGUCUAUGGGAAAAGGGGAAGUCCAAUCUAGAUUCAAAUUUGAGAUUCUUAAGUUGAAAAUCAAGGGUUAAAUCAAAGAUCUCUUUUGCAUAAAUACAUAUGUUUGAGGCUACUUCAAUUUAUAACUAUUAGACAAGUUUGUAGGAGCAUAUGGGGUUUGGACCUUAUAAUUUGUAAGAAACACAGGAAUUGGAGAUAGAUUUAGGGGUUCAAGAGGAGAAUCAGCGAGGAUCAAGGAUAUAAUUUAGAGAGAUUUGAACGAAGAUUUGGGGGAGAAUGAAAAGAAGUGUUCGGCGGUCACAAUCGGCCCGUAAUUGAACAAGACACAAUUAUAAUAAGACCAUGUUUCUAUCCGUCUUUCUUUCAGAAUUAAGAAGAAAAUAACAGAACAACCUGCCACAACCGGCCGUACAUCUAAAAAAGCCUAAUAAUAAUUACUACAAUAAUAAUAAUAAGAGCAUGUUUCUAACAUUAUUCUACUUGUGACAUAAAUCAAUGAAAAAGAGAACUAACUCUGUAUGGAAAAUUAAUACAGUAGUUUGGGGAACACCAAAUCAAAGUUUGCUUAGUACACUGGAAACCUCUGUUCUCUUGGCUUUCCUAAGAAAGAAGAAAAUGUCAACUUGUCUUAAUUUACUCCAUUGCUGAACCUCCAUCCAUCCUUCCAUCACCAUGGAAAAAAAGGCAAAUCCAGUAGAAAGAAGAGGACAAUCAAGCCUCAUUAAGGAGAAAAAAGGACUGAAAAGAGGGCAAAUUCUCAAAGUCUCAAUCCAUCCAAUUUGUAGAGUAGGUGGAAAACAAAUGUCCCAAUUUAUUAAGCAUCCAUUAUAAUUGUUUGUGGCAAUUUUGUCAUCGUCGUCGGAGUGUUGCAGUGCCAACGUAAUACACGAGAACAAAUGAGCGAUUGUGCUAUAUUCAUUGUUCUUAUCUCGAUCGAAAGUCUGAAAAAAAGAGUAAUCACGCGAUACUUAAACCCAGACCGAUUCAACUACCCUAAAUUGGGAUGAGGGUAGCAGAGUGGUAUAUAUGAUCCAAAUGAACUACCAGCAGGUAGGGUGUGCGAUACCAUUUUCACGGUUUAGCCCACUUGCCUUAGAGCACACGGUUCAGAAGCUUGCUGCCAGUUCUAGCAAAGCAACCUCCCCCAAAUGAACACAAGACAACAAUUGACCUGACUGCUGCCGACUGAGAUGGCUUUUAAUGGUGAACAGGACUCUUGCUCCUUUUUUGUCUCUGCCUCUCCCCUGUUCUGUUCUGUUCUGUUCUGUUCUGUCCCUACUUCAUCACGUUGCCCUUAGGCCUUAACCACCAGGCUAAAAGGGACCCAUGACCUAGACAAGGACAGCAUUAACUGAUUUCUCGUUUGAAGAAAAACCAGGUUGUUGUAGUAGUUGCUGGUUAUUCUCUCAGUUGUUGGAACACACGGGACAGAUGGAAUUUUGUGUUGUUGGUUCGGAAGAUGCAUUGUUGGAAUUCAUGGACUUGUUAUGAAUGCAUGGUUGUGAAAUGGGUGAAUUAUGAGCACAACUUUUAUCAAAUCGAAGUUCGGAUAUAGUGAUGGCAAUGGGCAGGGGUGGGGUGGGUACCUCAAUAUUUAUGUCUUGCAUGCUCCAUGCUAUUGCAGAUCGGGGCGGAUAAUACCCGUGUGGGUACGAGGCGGGUGGGUUAAUCGACUCUUAUAUGUCAUUUGAAAAAAUACAUGUUAUAAACGCGCUGCUACAGAUCGGGCAAUCGCCGCAAACGAUAAAGCAAGAAUACGAAAGCGAGAAUCGAAAAAACACAGACACACGAUUUACGUGGUUCACUAACACGAUGUGUGUUAGCUACGUCCACGAACGAGAGAGAGUCAGUUUCACUAUAUCGAGGAGAUUACAAAUUACAGAGGAGUAUGAGAAGUAUUUAUAGUACUUCUCCAUGUGAGUCUAAACCUAAUCCAAUUUGGCAAAGGAAACGGUUACAGACCAGGUCCAGAACCCAAACCCAAAUAACAUUGAGCCCAUAUACCGUGGCGUAGCGGCUGAUAGUCCGAUUCAAGUCACAUCAACAAUACAAACAAUAUUUUACCUUUAAUGUUCAAACGAAGGGAAAAAAACACUUUAUGAAUGAAAAAUAUUAGUGAUAAUAAAAUGGGUAAUUGAGUUUAACUAGUUGAAGGAUCAAGUUUAACUAAUUGAAGAAAAGUCACGAUAUAUGAGAAAUAUGAAUAGAUACUGAUAGAAAUCGAGAUAGUAGAACGAGCCACGAACGAGGAGAGGCCGGACAAAGCGAAUCAGAAGUAGAUAUCACAUGCUCCGACCCACGCUACUGCUGGUCGGGUAAUUCCCGCCCCAUCACGGGUCAGAUCGAGUAACACUCAGCGAGGCGGGUUCAUCAUCCCUAUUCGGAUAGAAUGGGCUCUCUUUGAUGCUUCAAUUUGCUCAUUAUCAUCUGGACGGUCCGCUUGGAGGUGGUGACGAAGUUGAAUGGGCUCUCCACCUCUCGUUUGGAAGUGGGCCGACUCUGUGAGGAAGCCUGGGCUGAAGUGUGUGCUACAAUUCUGGGUUUCCACAAUAAAAGUUCCUGAGUCAGCUGUCUUUUCAUUCAAUUCUCUCCACCCUCUGCUCUUCUUGUGUUCCACCAUUAAUGCCCGAAAUUGGGAGAACUGAAAAAAAAUGCACCAGCUCAGCGACAACGAACAAAGCAUAAUCAAUUACUAAAGGGAGACAGGACGGCUAUCAAUCUCCUGCCUGCAGCCUUACACCAUCAUCUGGCAAAUGGCAAAUUCCUUCCAAUCCAUUUCAUGCGGUGGUGGUGGAAGAAUAACUCCUUUUCUCUCUCUUUCCUCUGUUUUUCUUUCCGCGUUCCUCUGUUUUUUCCACUCUGUCCACGUCUGAGAUAUUUCCCCGCCAAACAGCCGACAAUAUUUCCUUUUCAUAAAGAAUCCAAACUCCUCUCUGUAGAAAAUCCCUUCUGGCUUCCUCUGAUUGGCUGCCUGGUCCCUCACACUCAUCAUUAUUGUCCGUCUCUUCGGUCCUUCCCUCCUUCAGAAAAGAGAAACUCCUCUGCUUCCCACGCAGAGAAUAUCCGAAUUCGCCCGCCCUCCUUUGGUUAUCCGCAGACACUUCAUUUCUUCUUCAAUUUUCUGCUGAAAUCACUGCAAGUAACCAUUUCCCUUUUCCCCGGCAAUGGAGUUGGUUCCUUACGCCGACCCAGAUUCCAAGCCGCCGGAGUCUUCUGCUUCUUCAACUCUGCCGUGGCAGGACAUGUUCAAAUCGGCCUCAUUCCGCAAACCCACCACGGCGCCCUCCGGCAAGCCGCCGAAACCAUCUGGGUCGUUAAAUUCCGGCGACCCAACUAAUAAAGAUGCCUCCUUUUUGGGGGAUCCCCAGGUACGACUCGCGCUCUGCAUAGCCAUGGCACACGCCGGCCUCGCCUUCACAAUCUUCGUCCUCUAUUUCGUCGGCAAGCUCCUGCAGGAGUACCUGCGUCCAAUUCAGUGGGCAAUUUUGUGCUCCAUACCCUUGAGGGGCAUUCAGCAGGCCCUCGUUUCAUUUUGGGAGGAGCCUCUCAAGUUAGGGCUCACUGAGACAGUCCUCGCCAUCCCCAUAGCUGUUUUCCAGGUUUUUGUCGGUACUCUCGUGGAAAUUAAGGAGCUUUGCCUUAGGGUUUUGCAGAGAAAGCCUAAAAGUGAUCGAAUUAAGAGGAAUCGAAGUGGGUUUUCCAAGCUAGUGAGGUGGUUGGUCUCGUUUGGUGUCUUUGUAAUUGUUUAUGAGAACAUUGGUGCUAUGGGGGCGCUUUCCAUUCUAGGGUUAGGUAUCUUGUUCAGUACAAGGACUGUAGAUUCGACAUUCUCUGCUGUGUCUUCUUUUAGGAGCAACAGCUUUAAGCGCAGUCCCAUUAGUGCAUUCUUCACUAGAGGGAUAUUGAAGAAACUCAAGACAAUUGUUGCAAUUGGCCUGAUUAUUGGCAUGAUUGUUGGGUUCUUAGUUGGGUUGAUAUUCUUCUCAUACCAGAUUGGUGUUGAAGGGAAAGAUGCUGUGAUUUCCUUAAAAUCUCAUGUGGAAGAGAGCAAUUAUGCGGAGAAGUUUGGUGUAAGGAAGUGGAUGGAUGAGAAUGAUGUCCCUGGAAUGGUGGAUAGGUACACAACCACAUUCUAUGAGACGGUUUCUGACCAAAUAGAUAGUCUUGCAAUGCAGUAUAAUGUCACUGAAUUGGUUACAGGGAUCAAGCAUUUCAUCAUCACUCCUCCAACCAAUUCUUCUUUAGAGCAAUCAGCUCUUAUGAUGAGCCCACCUCCUUACACUGAGAAGCUCAUGAGCUUAAGAAGGAAAGUUACAGACCGCCAAUGGGGAGAAAUUUACAGUGAACUGGAUUCAAUCUUCAAGGAACUGAUCAUUAGCCGUGAGGAUAUAGUCGAGAAGGCGAAAGGGUUUGCCCUCCGAGGGAUGGAUGUCUCUCAACGUGUUUUUGCCAGCAGCGCUUCGUUGCUAGGUGGAGGAGCUAAGAUGAUGCUGUCGGUUGGGAGCUCGAUCAUCUCUGGAGCAGCUGAGGUUUUCAAUUUUGUCUCGAUGUCGAUGGUUUUCUUCUGGGUUCUGUAUUACCUCAUCACAUCGGAGUCUGGUGGGGUAACUGAGCACGUAAUGUGCAUGCUGCCAAUGAGGAAAUCAGUGAGGACUAGAUGUGUCGAGGUCCUUGACAAGGCCAUUUCGGGUGUUCUUCUGGCCACAGCUGAGAUUACAUUCUUUCAAGGAUGUUUAACAUGGCUCUUGUUCAGGCUGUAUAAAAUCCACUUCCUGUAUGUGUCUACCGUUCUUGCAAUCAUCAGUCCUCUGCUGCCAAUAUUUCCAACAUGGUUUUCAACGAUUCCAGCUGCUGUGCAGCUGGUGCUGGAAGGCAGAUAUGUUCUGGCGAUCAGCUUGUCCGUGAUUCACCUUCUGCUUAUGGACUAUGGUGCAUCUGAAAUUCAGGAGGACAUACCAGGUCACAAUCAGUAUCUAACUGGGCUCAGCAUCCUUGGUGGAAUGACAUUGUUUCCAUCUGCAGUGGAGGGAGCAAUCAUGGGUCCGUUGAUAACGACAGUUGUGAUCGGUCUCAAGGAUUUGUAUGUGGAAUUCGUGUUAGAAGAGCCGAAGAAGAGCAAUGGCGAUUAAGCAAGUCAAAAAUAGAAAGCAAAAAAAAAA